AUGACGGCGCUUUUCAACUUCCAAUCCCUCCUCCUCGUGAUUCUCCUCACUAUAUGCACGUCGACCUACGCACACUACGUCUUCCCAGGCAUAAUCGACCGCAACAAGGAUAACUACUUUGUGUCGCCAUUUUGGAAGGCCGCACGCGUCGGAGAGAGGCUGAGCCCAUACGUGAGCAUUGCCUGCGUGGUCAUGGCAGCGCUUGAGUUUAUGGGAUAG